AUGUCGAAAAUAUAAUUGUUCGGUAUAUGCAAAUUAAGGAUGCGCUAGAAAAAAAGAAUUUAUGGGAUGCAGUAAAUGAACCAAUUCAACAAAUACCAUUAGAAAAAAGUUUGGAAAAAUUUAUUUUAGAUGUACGCGAUAAUCCAUUCAUUAAUAUUCCAGAAUAUGUGAAUAAAUCAUUAUUCUCUAACACGAAAGAUUUAGUUAAUUCUAUGAUUCCAGAAUACAAAAUUCAAAGUCCCUCAAUAAAUGAAUCAACUUGGGAGCAUGAUGCACUACAACCUAUUGUAAAAUUUAUUACACAUGAUUUAGAAGAUGAUUUAUUUGUUAGAUGCAAAGCAAGUAAACGACGAAAUGGGUCUAAAGGCCCAAUAAAGAAAAACGAUAUAUUCGGAGUAUAUAAAAGUAACCAUUAUGAAUACGAAGUUCUUCUCGGUGAAGUUUCCAAUGGACCAUUUUUUAAUACAACUCAAGUUCAAUCACAUACAUCUGAUGACCAUGAUAAGCUUGGGAAAUGCGGAAAAGAUUCAUUGGAUGAUGCUUUAAAUUACUUAACAAGCAAAAAUUUGAAUCUAAAGAUUUUUAAAGAAAUUAAUAUAUUUUUAAUUCAUGCCCACGGAACUUCCUUAGAACUUUUUGUUUUAGAUCAAAAUUUUGAGCCGUUUUUUAGGUUGAGAAGGUUAUCUAAUAUUUCAGUUCCUUAUAAACAAGGCACAAGUGAUGGUAUUAUUGACCUGGUUCAAAAUUUGCUGACAUUUAGAAAUAUGUUAACAUGUACUUUAAACAAAUUGAAAGAAAUUGAUAAUUU